AUGUCGUCGGGCAAGGUCAAGGCUGGUGCGCUCUGGAGCAAGAACAAGGAUGAUUUGACGAAGCAGCUCGCUGAGCUCAAGACCGAGCUCGGUCAGCUCCGCAUCCAGAAGGUCACUUCUUCCGGCUCCAAGUCGAACAGAAUCCACGACAUCCGCAAGUCGAUCGCCCGUGUUCUCACCAUCAUCAACGCCAAGCAAAGGGCUCAGCUUCGUCUGUUCUACAAGAACAAGAAGUACGCUCCCCUCGAUCUCCGACCCAAGCAGACCCGUGCCAUCCGCCGCCGAUUAUCGCCCGAUGAGAAGUCCCGCGUCCUUGAGAAGACCAAGAAGCGCACUGUCCACUUCCCUCAGCGCAAGUUCGCCAUCAAGGCUUAA